AUGGCUUCAUCAAGCAAAUGUGUCUUCCUUGUGUUCUUAUGUCUGGCAGUUCUUCUCACCCAAAGUGAAGUUUGCGCAAAGUCUAUGCUCAAAGUUAACGAUGCUCCAAGAAGGUUUUUUUUUUUUUUGGUAAAAGGUUAAAUUUGUCCAAGAAGGUUGGGUAUAAUAGGUCCAUGUUCGAUGUUUCCGGACUGCAAUAAACAUUGUAAAGAAGAAUUACAAGAUCCAUUAGGUGGAGAAUGUCGCUUAGUUAUUAUUAAAAUGUGUGGUUGUUUUUUUAUUCAUAAUCUCCAUGUGUAAUUUAUUUAAGAUAUUGCAUGAGUGUUACAAUACAGUUAAAAUAUGUUACAAAAAUAAAUUGCAAUAACA